AGAUCAAAGGAACUAGCUAGAAAAAUAAGGCGAGCGCUUCAUCAAAUAUCUAAGAAAUAACGAACGGCAAGUUCAUUCGAUGAAUUGUCCAAUACAAAAUGUUGCGACGUGACGCCGAAAGCGAAUCAUUUUGUGACGGUGAAUCGGUAGUGAUGAUCAAGGAACCUAGCGGUCAACGUCGUUCCUAUAGCCAUCGUUGAGGGACCUCAUUCGGUACUAUGGCUGAUAGCUGACGGAUGGAUUUCUCACGCUUUACGUUCUUGAAGCGUCGUCCACCGGGCUGAGGAUCGAAGAACAGUGGAAGGAUGUUGGGAAGCGUCGGAGGCCGGCACGUGUCUACGCGUCGGCGUGGCAGUAGCCCGCAGGUGCGUGGAGGUGCGGGCCUCACUUUUCAUGGAGCUGCUGGGCCUAAUAAUUCAAACGAUGCCACCGGAGGAAUGCCGCCGGACGCUCCGAUUUAUGCUGCUAGAAGAAGGAGGGCCGUUACCACCAGUGAUUACAAGAGUUGUGCCCUCGUACAGACCCGGCUCAAAUUUGGCGAUAUUACGUUGGCAGCAGCGCAAGAGGCGGCACAAAGGGACCCUGGAUACGCGAGUCAGUACAGGAGAAGGCAGAAGUUGGCCGGACUGAGUGGUCGCGGUGACUGGACUAGCUUUGGAGGGGAGGUAACUGGUGGUCCGGUGGAUAUGGCGCCAGGCCGGGAUCAGGGCGGAGGGGCGGGUGGAGGCGGGGGAGGACAGCCCAAAUCUAAGGGCACAACCUCGCUGUUCAUCCUUUCAGAGGAUAACUGCAUAAGGAAACACACCCGCUUCAUCAUCGAGUGGCCGCCCUUUGAGUACGCCGUCCUGCUAACCAUCAUCGCCAAUUGCGUGGUCCUCGCCCUCGAGGAGCACCUGCCCAAACAAGACAAGACCAUACUCGCACAGAAACUCGAGGCAACGGAGAUCUAUUUCCUCGGGAUAUUCUGCGUCGAGGCGAGCCUUAAGAUCCUCGCCCUUGGCUUUGUCCUCCACCGCGGCUCCUACCUACGUAACAUCUGGAACAUCAUGGAUUUCUUCGUCGUGGUGACCGGGUUCAUCACGGCGUUCUCGCAGGGCAUAGAACUGGAUAUGGAUCUGCGCACGUUGCGUGCGAUACGCGUGUUGCGACCGCUCAAACUUGUCUCCGGCAUACCGAGUCUUCAGGUGGUGUUGAAGUCCAUCAUAAAAGCAAUGGCGCCGCUUCUGCAGAUCGGAUUACUGGUUCUUUUCGCGAUCGUGAUAUUCGCCAUCAUCGGUCUUGAGUUUUAUUCGGGAACUCUGCAUAAAACGUGUUACAGUAUAAAGGACAUCAGUGUGAUCGUGAAGGAGGGCGAGAAUCCGGACCCGUGCAACACGGACAUUCAAUCCGAGGCGCCGUUUGGUGCCCACGUGUGCAACGCGAGUAUCUCGACGUGUUUGGAUCAUUGGGUGGGACCAAACUACGGCAUCACCAGCUUCGACAACAUCGGAUUCGCUAUGCUCACUGUCUUCCAGUGCAUCACUAUGGAGGGCUGGACUUCCAUAUUGUACUGGACAAACGACGCUCUUGGAAGCACGUACAACUGGAUUUACUUUAUACCAUUGAUCGUCCUUGGCUCCUUCUUCAUGCUGAACUUAGUUCUUGGUGUCCUGAGCGGAGAGUUUGCGAAGGAGAGAGAGAAGGUGGAGAACCGGCAAUCCUUCCUGAAAUUGCGAAGACAACAGCAGCUCGAGCGCGAACUGAAUUGCUACCUCAAUUGGAUCUGCAAAGCAGAAGAGGUAAUUCUCGCCGAAGAGAGGACCACGGAGGAAGAAAAAAUGCACAUAUUAGAAGUGAGAAAAAGAGCCGCGGCGAAGAAGAAAAAAUUGAAGAAUCUUGGAAAGAGCAAGAGCACCGAUACGGAGGAGGAAGACGCCGAGGACGAUCAGGACGAUGAUGCUCCUCUUGUUUCAGUGCCUAAGAAAAAACUCAAAGGAUUCUCAAGAGCUUCCUACUUCAAGUCGAAAGUGAAAAACAAAGGAACGUGUAUGCAAUUUUGGCGAGCCGAAAAGAGAUUCAGAUUUUGGAUACGUAAUUCCGUGAAAUCGCAGAAUUUCUAUUGGUUCGUCAUCGUCCUGGUGUUCUUCAACACCGUUUGCGUAGCCGUCGAGCAUUACGAUCAGCCACAGUGGCUUACCGAUUUUCUCUAUUACGCGGAGUUUGUGUUCCUUGCCCUGUUCAUGAUGGAAAUGUUCAUAAAGGUAUACGCGCUCGGUCCUCGCACAUACUUCGAGUCGAGCUUCAAUCGCUUCGACUGCGUCGUCAUCUCGGGCUCGAUCUUCGAGGUGAUCUGGUCCGCGGUGAAGUCCGGCUCUUUCGGCCUCUCCGUCCUACGUGCCCUUAGACUCCUGAGAAUUUUUAAGGUCACCAAAUACUGGAAGAGCCUGCGGAACCUCGUAAUAUCGCUCCUCAGCUCGAUGCGUAGUAUCAUUUCCCUUCUCUUCCUGCUCUUCCUUUUCAUUCUCAUAUUCGCGCUGCUCGGAAUGCAGCUCUUCGGUGGCCAGUUCAAUUUCGAUUCCGGGACGCCACCAACAAACUUCAAUACUUUUCCCAUCGCGCUGCUUACUGUCUUCCAAAUCCUUACUGGAGAAGACUGGAAUGAGGUGAUGUACUAUGGUAUCGAGUCACAGGGCGGUCACAGAAAAGGCAUGAUGUACUCGCUCUAUUUCAUCGUGUUGGUGCUCUUCGGCAACUAUACGUUGCUGAACGUCUUCUUGGCUAUCGCCGUCGAUAAUUUGGCUAAUGCCCAGGAGCUGAGCGCCGCCGAGGACGAGGAGAAGGAGGAGGACAAGGAGAAACAAUUACAGGAACUCGAGAAGGAAAUUGAAUCCUUGCAAAAGCCGAACGAUGGUAACGCACCGAAGGUGGAAAUCUGCCCUCCGAGUCCGAAUCAGAAUUUCAAAGACGGUAAAGGUGGAAAACAGGCGUCCGAAGAGAAGAAGCAGGAUGAAGACGAUGACACGGGACCAAAACCAAUGCUGCCAUACUCCUCCAUGUUUAUACUAUCCCCUACGAAUCCCGUAAGAAGAGCCGCCCAUUGGGUCGUCAAUCUAAGGUACUUCGACUUCUUCAUCAUGGUGGUAAUAUCAUUGUCGAGUAUCGCGUUGGCCGCCGAGGAUCCUGUAUGGGAACACUCGCCGAGGAACGAGAUCCUCAAUUAUUUCGACUACGCGUUCACCGGUGUCUUCACCAUCGAGAUGAUCCUGAAAAUCAUCGAUCUCGGGGUCAUAUUACAUCCUGGCUCGUAUCUACGCGAGUUUUGGAACAUUAUGGACGCGGUGGUCGUAAUAUGCGCCGCGGUGUCGUUCGCUUUCGACAUGACCGGUAGUUCAGCGGGACAAAAUCUCUCAACGAUCAAGUCGUUAAGGGUAUUACGUGUGUUGAGACCGCUUAAGACGAUAAAAAGAGUGCCCAAGCUCAAGGCGGUAUUCGACUGCGUCGUGAACAGUUUGAAAAAUGUCAUAAACAUUCUCAUAGUGUAUAUAUUAUUCCAAUUCAUCUUCGCUGUGAUCGCGGUACAACUGUUUAACGGAAAAUUCUUUCACUGCAGCGACGAGAGCAAGUAUACGAAAAAGGACUGCCAGGGUCAAUACUUCGUCUACGAGGAGGGUGUCAUGCUGCCAGAACCCAAGAAAAGGGAGUGGACGUCUCAAUGUUUUCAUUAUGACAACGUUAUGGCAGCUAUGCUGACGUUAUUCGCUGUCCAAACAGGCGAGGGCUGGCCGCAAAUCUUGCAGCACUCGAUGGCGGCCACUUACGAGGACCAGGGUCCCAUUCAAAACUUUCGCAUCGAAAUGUCCAUUUUCUAUAUCGUCUAUUUCAUCGUCUUUCCAUUUUUCUUCGUCAACAUCUUCGUGGCCUUGAUUAUCAUCACGUUUCAAGAGCAGGGAGAAGCCGAGCUUCAGGAUGGCGAGAUCGAUAAAAAUCAGAAAUCAUGUAUAGACUUUACGAUACAAGCUCGCCCCCUUGAGAGGUACAUGCCGAAGAAGCUAAACGGCGUAAAGUACAAAAUUUGGAGGAUAGUCGUAUCGACACCGUUCGAAUAUUUUAUCAUGAUACUCAUCGUACUAAAUACAUUACUGCUAAUGAUGAAGUAUCACGAGGCGCCGCUAAUACUAUUGGACAUCUUGACCAUCGUGAACUUGGUCGUCACCCUCCUUUUUCUCAUUGAGUGCAUCCUUAAACUCAUCGCCUUCGGAUGCAAGAACUUCUUCAAGGAUUCUUGGAACACGUUCGACUUCAUUACGGUGAUCGGCAGCAUCGUGGACGCACUUGUCAUCGAAUUCGGGGAGCGGUUUUCGAGUGUGCCAAGUGGUGGCCAGCUAAGCGAAAAGAAGGAGAAUUUCAUCAACGUCGGCUUUCUUAGGCUCUUUCGUGCCGCCAGACUGAUCAAGCUGCUACGACAGGGAUACACGAUACGAAUUUUACUCUGGACCUUCGUGCAAUCCUUCAAAGCCUUGCCUUACGUUUGUCUCCUCAUCGCGAUGCUCUUUUUCAUCUACGCCAUCAUCGGUAUGCAGGUAUUCGGUAACAUCGAGCUGGGUGCUGACAGUUCUAUUAACAAGCACAACAAUUUCCAAAGCUUCAUUCAAGGUCUGAUGCUACUUUUUCGGUGUGCAACUGGAGAAGCUUGGCCGAACAUCAUGUUGGCCUGCAUAAAGGGUCGACCUUGCGACGUUAAAGCAGGGAAACAGGAACCAGGUGGUUGCGGUUCUAAUAUCGCCUAUGCCUACUUCGUCUCGUUCAUCUUUUUCUGCUCGUUUUUAAUGCUGAAUCUUUUCGUCGCCGUUAUAAUGGACAAUUUUGAUUAUUUAACGAGAGACUCGUCAAUUCUCGGCGCGCAUCAUCUCGAUGAAUUCGUGCGAAUAUGGGCGGAAUACGAUCCAAAGGCAACCGGUAAGGUACUCUACAAUGAGGUCUACGAUAUGCUUAAGGUUAUGGAUCCGCCAUUGGGGUUUGGCCAAAAGUGUCCUAACAGGCUCGCUUACAAAAAACUCAUUAGAAUGAACAUGCCCGUUGAUUCUGACGGGAAGGUCAACUUUACAACAACGCUAUUCGCACUGAUACGAGAGGAUCUUAGUAUUAAAAUGAGAUGCGCCAAUGAGAUGAAACAAGCGAACGAGGAGCUCAGAGAUACGAUUCGUAGUAUCUGGCCUCUGCAAGCGAAAAAGAUGUUGGACCUUUUGAUACCUAGAGACGAAGAGGUAGGCAGAGGAAAGCUCACCGUCGGUAAGAUAUACGUCGCUCUCAUGAUUAUUGAAAAUUGGAAGACGACGAAGUUCGGUCGGGAAAAGCCAUCCGGACAGAACGAUAACGAUCUUAUCGAUAACGAUAAUGCUGGGCAAAGUCCUGCAGCCCAGGCGCAAUCGACCCUCUACAACUGCCUGAUGGACAUGGCGGUGGUUAACCACACCGGAAAUAGCCACGCAACCGGAAGUAGGGCGAACAGCCUUGAACCGGUGAUACGUCCGACAACGGAGAUGAAGCACGAUCGGCACAAGGACUUCCGUGACGAGGAGGAAGGGACCCUAGGGGCCCUAGCAGCCGCCGAGCAUAGACGACAGCAUAGCAUCAGAAACAAAAAGGUGAACUGGAAGAUGUCCCACCAGUACGAUAUACUAGGCAGCAGCGGAGAGAGUAGCCAGGGAGGGGGUGGGUCUGGGGUUGUACUCGUAGUUAAUGGCGAGGAUCGCGCCCCCGAGCUAGAGCCAUUGCUGGCUGAGGUGCCCUCCCAGCAGGAUCACGACUACUACUACCAUCACCAUCACGACCAAUACUACGAUACCGACAAUGAUCAAUACUAUGACCAUCACCACCACCACCACCACCACCAUCACCAUCAUCAUCAUGAUCACCGACCACCCUCGUACUACCAACACCAGACCACCUACGCACCUCGCUCCUCGAUCCGUUACCACAAGAUGGACCUGCAGGAUGUCGUAGUUAGCGACUCGCGUGCCGGUAGUAUCGAGAGUCUAACGCAUUUCAGUGAGAGACUUCAUCCCCAUCAUCCGUCGACGCAUCCACCGAGACAUCAUUCGCGAUCGCCAAGCUUAAGAAGACAUUCGCCGAUCAUCCACAGAUCGCCAUCGCCAAGGCGACACAGGCACGACCAUCAUGGAUAUUAUCACGAAGGACCAGGCUUUAGCGAUACGGUUAGCAACGUCGUCGAGAUUCAAAGGCAUCAUCAUCAUCAUCCACAUUCCAUACAAUAUAAUCGACAUAGGAUACGAGGUCCAUGGAGCGCUUCGACAAGUCCCGCGAGAUCACCCAGUCCGGUUCAUCGGAUAGAUCGUGGGGAACAUUAUGGUACGACCAGCUUGGAACAACGCUCUAGGAGUCCAAGUCCUAUCGGUGGUCGUACACCGGCACAUCCCCAUCAUCAUCAUCGUCAUCCGUCGCAUCAACACAGCUAUCCGGUUUUGGUAGCAAGAAGAGGCCGUCGAUUACCACCGACGCCUAACAAACCGUCGACGUUGCAAUUAAAACCGGCGAAUAUUAAUUUCCCAAAGCUUAAUGCAUCGCCGACUCACGGACCGCACAUGGUAGGAGGUCCGCAUGUACCGGCGGUACCGGUUGGCAUACCUCAUCCUACUACAGGUCAUAUGCAACCACCGAUGCAACCGAGUCACUGUCUGCUCAGUUUUGAGCAGGCCGUGGCAAUGGGCCGAGGAGGUCGUCUACUUCCGAGUCCUGUGCCGAACGGUUACAAACCGCAGCCCCAAUCGAAGCAACGUAUGCCAAGGUCAAGACAUUCCGACAGCGACGAGGAUGACUGGUGCUAGCCAAAGUGGGACCCUGGACGGUGGUCCGGCGACGUGGACGCCCCCAGGCGUCUUUGGGUCUGUGCGUGAAUCGUCUGCGUGAAUCGUCCACGUGGGACGUGCAUUGACUUUAUUGUUACGAUCGCGUUAACGCGAUCGAUCGAUCGAUCGAUCUCUAUCGAACGUGAAGAUCGACACGAAGGAUAUGCGGCUGCUUAUUGCUGCUUCUCGCGAAUACGCAACGAAACGAGAUAAUACGAGAUAGAUAUUACGAGAAAUAAGCCGAAUAAUAGAGAGAAAGGGAUAGAAAAAAGGGGGGAAGGAUAAUAGGAAAGCGUUACGAUUAGAAUCGUAUUAGGAAAAAGGAUUGACUAAGUCGGCGAAACGAAAAUGAGUUUGACUCUUCGUUGGAGACCGAUCGCAAAUGUUUAGGUAAAAGUGAAAGUAAAAUAUUAUGGUGCUUUCAAUUUGCGAGAUAUAAAUAAAUAGAGGGGGGGAAAAAACAAAAGAGAGAAGUGGGAAUGGAAGGGGUGGGUUUGGGCCUUGUUUUGAAGAAAAAAAAAAAGGGGGGGAAUUGAAAAGAUAGUAAGAAAGGGAAAAAAAAAGAAACGGAGAAAAGAAAAGGGUGAGAGAGACAGAGAGAGUGAAAGAGAGAAAAGGCAAAAAAGAGAUAAACAAACAAAUAUAUAAAUAAAUAAAUAAAUAAAUAAAUAAGUAAAUAAAUAAAUAAAUAAAUAAAUAAAUGAAAUACGUAAUAUACACGUCGUGAACGCAUCCACGUUAGAAGCGUUCGUACUGAAAAAUGUUCGUAUCGCAUUCGGUGAUAACGCGAAAUCGGACGACGGACGCUUCGUUUGUUUUUUAACGAUAUCUUCGCUGCGGCCAUUCCAAUCGGCGAAUCGGGACGAGAGGAGGGUCCACUUUUUAUACGAUAAUUAACCAACGAUAACAACAACAACAACAACAACAACAACAACAACAACAACAA